AUGCCACUCGCUGUGACCACCCUAAAGGGUGGCCUGGUCCUCUACCUCUUCGCAGUUACCUCUCAGCUAUGGUUGCCGGUGCAGUGUACGUCAAUCAACCUCACGCUUUACUACGAAGGGCUGUGUGCAGACUGCCACGACUUCUUCAUCGACCAGCUGUGGCCAACCUACAACAAGCUGGAAGAGUACAUUGACGUCGACCUCGUGCCUUUCGGAAAAGCGCACAUGAAGGUCGCGAACGACACCGUCACCUUCGAGUGCCAACACGGUCCUCAAGAGUGCUACGUCAACCAGGUGCAGACGUGUGCCGUCAAGUACGUGCACCCGGUCAGGAAGCUCGUGAACUUUGUGGCGUGCAUGUUUCGCCAGGACGAUCCUACUAAGGCGGGGCAGCCCUGCGCCGAGAAAAUUGGAACGUACUGGCCAGUCCUGGACAAAUGCAGCCGGGGACCCGAGGGUGAAAAACUAUUCCGGGAAAUGGGCGAGCGAACGCUCGCACUCAAGCCACCGAUGAAGUGGGUGCCCUAUGUGCAGAUCAACGGAGCACACGAUGACGCCAUGGAAAGCUUGGUCGAGAAGGAUUUGUUUGGCUUCGCCUGCAAGCUCCUAGAACCCAGCGCCCCUAGAGUGUGCAAGAAAAGGUCCUUUGGUGGCCGCUGCUUCAGGCGCAACGCUCUUCAUUUAGCCGUGGGGUUCCCUCAGUCAGAUAGUAUUGUCUUGUAUCUUCAACGUUAA